UUAAGGUUUUCGUGCAAACUCACAAUUGUGUUAUCUGAUCAAUUUCAGGAAAAAAUAUAGACUUAUCAAGGGAUUCCGACCUUCAAAUGGUCUUGGACAUACUUGAGAAUUCCGAUGCUAGCUUUUCAUCUGACGAUGAUCUCGAAAAUGACUACUUAACGCUGGAACAAAUGGAAGAAAGUGACAGUUCAGAUGAAGAUGACUCUGAAAGAGAUUUAAUUCCAGAAAAUUUCGUAAUUAAUCAAAAAGCCACUACAUCACAAAGAACUGAUCUUUGGAAAAAAAGGAAUUCGUGGUUCACGAUAUUCCUAUCGUGCAGGGCUGUGAGAAUUUCGUUGAACUUGGAACACCUCUUAAUUACUUUUCGAAGUAUUUCACAGAAACCCAUUACACGGAUGCGGUUAAAUAUACCAAAAUGUAUACUCUUGCGACAUCUGGCACCGAAAUGAGCUUAACCGAAACCGAGUUAAAAAACUUGUAUGGCUGUGCCAUUAUAAUGUCCUGUCUAGGUUAUCCACAAAUGAAAAUGUAUUGGGAAGACAACUAUAGGUGCGAAAUAAUUGCUGCCUCCAUGUCAAGAAAUAGAUUCAUGAGAUUUAAAAAUACCAUUCAUUUUGUUGAUAACAACAAACCAAGCGAAACGAAUAAGCUAUGGAGAGUUCAGCCCGUGAUUGACCUGGUAAGAAGCCGAUGCAAUGAACUAGCGUCUGCGGUUACUUCAUACUCUAUUGAUGAGCAAAUAGUCCCGGCAUCUACCAGGCUCAGCCAGGCAAG